AUUUUAUUUUUUCUUUAACACUUACACAAUGACUUUAACCGACGCUAUUAAACGUACGGUCACCGAAAAACUUCAGCAGUCAAGCACAAUCGCAAAAGACGAAGUUUUGGAAAGCGUUGAAAAUAUUGGUGGUGGCUGCAUAAGCGACGCCUACUUGUGUACCAGCAGCAAUGGCAAGCAGAUCUUUGUCAAGACUUGUGAAUCGUCACCUAAGCAAACGCUUGAUGAGGUGGUCGAGAUGUUUGGAAGUGAGGCAAAAGGUUUAAAAGCCCUAGAUGAUACUCAUACUAUUCGAGUGCCAACACCUUAUGUGUAUGGCGCACUUGAUAAUGAUAAUUAUGGAUUUUUAGCCAUGGAGUAUAUCUCACUUGGAAGCAAGUACGGUGCAUCCGGCGUUCAACGUAAACUCGGCGAGCAGCUUGCCGAUCUACAUCUCGCCAAGGGUCCGGGCCAGUUUGGAUUCGAAUGCGACAACACAAUCGGCUCCACACCGCAAGUCAAUACGUGGUGUCCUGACUGGAUUGAAUUUCUGCGCCGACGACUUGCAUACCAGUUUGAUUUAGCCUCAUCACGCUAUCCUCAACUAAACAAACCAGCUCAGCAGCUUUUGGAUAAGCUAGAUACAUACUUUGAAGGGCUUGACAUCCGCCCUUCACUUAACCAUGGUGAUUUAUGGAGCGGAAAUUGGGCUGUAGAUGACAAUGAUAACCCUGUGAUCUUGGAUCCUGCACCGUUCUGGGGACAUAGCGAAGCCGAUUUGGGUAUCAUGAAAGUGUUUGGUGGAUUCGAUUCAAAUUUUUACGAUGCAUAUCAUGCCAAAAUACCCAAAGAACCAGGCUACCAGAAACGAGUAAACAUCUAUGCCCUCUAUCAUACAGUCAACCAUCUCAACAUGUUCGGCUCGUCAUAUUUGAGCUCAUCGAUGUCCUUGUUGUCACAGAUACUCCAGUAAAUUCUCCUACAAAGAUGAACAAUCAUUUGAAUAAAGGUUCCUUUCAGACAUUCUGAUAUAUAGUAGU